AUGAAAGUAUAUUCCAUUUAUAUCCUCAACAAGGCUGGAGGGCUCAUCUACCAGAAUGACGUGAACCCGGGCCUCACCAAACUUACAGCAAAUGACUACUUAGUAUUGGCCGGAACUUUACAUGGUGUUCAUGCUAUUGCCUCUAAACUUUCAAUCAAUAUAGACGGGAUGGAAUCUCACCAAGAAAGCACAGCAAAUGCCAAUUCUGCGUUGCUAGUCUCUGGAAGAUCACAAGAUGCCAACAACAAUAAAUCUGGUCUUCAGAGUAUAGAAACUGAUCUCUUCAACUUGUAUGUCUUCCAAACGCUUACAGGAAUCAAAUUCAUUAUCAUCACAUCUCCCAAUCCAGGUGAACUUAAAAAACUGUAUGACUCUGCUAACGAAGUAUUCAAACAGUUGUAUAUAGUUUACUCCGACUAUGUGAUGAAGGAUCCGUUCUACUCAUUGGAUAUGCCCAUAAAAAGUUUCCUCUUUGACACAAAGGUUAAGGAAUUUGUAACAUGA